ACACGGAAGCUUGAUCUCUGACUAUGACGUUAAAUGUUGGACAAAACAGCGCAAACGCAUAAUCACAGUGCGCAAGUGAAUUACAACAGUGUGAGCACCAUGACACAGUUCGUACGUAAAAUGUAAACCUGCAGAACUUGCAAAUACGAGCACAAAAAAUAUGAUUGUGCACACAAAUUAACAACUGGCAGAAAUAACAAAACCGCGAAACUCUACUUUCUGUAGAUCUGAAUUUCUGCGGUUUGAAUGUUAGAAUAUUGAAUUUGGUGUCCAGAAUUUCUUCUUCAUCUUGAAAACUUGAUGCUGCAUUUUUUAAACUGAAUAAUUACAGUGUAGGAAUUCAGAACCAAAAAUGUGCUGUUUGAAAAUUCAUAUUUAUAAAAUUGUGCCAUAAAAAGAAAACUAUUCAAUUUGCUUAAAUAUGAAAUGUCUAGGAUUGGAGUUUAAAAAAUUCAAAGCUAUUUAAAAUAGGCUACAACGUAAUAUUAAAUUUGGCAAAAUCACACUUAUAAUUCAAAUUUACACAAUUCAAAUUGUUUUGUCAUAUUUUUGGCUCCAUAGGCCUACGUUAAAACCAGGAACAUACAUGAUGGAUCUUUGGAGAAGACAUUUGUAGGUCAGCAACUCGCAUCAACACCCAUAUAUCCUGAUGGCGACUAAAUAGUUGCAUGUUUAAAAUAGGAACUGUAAAUAAUUCCUGAGGUAAUUUUAAUAAGAUCGCUUCUCUCAGAUUGCGGCAGAACACUAUAGGACGACGUCAGCAACCUUUUGACAGAUUAAAAAUAAUAAUAAUGCAGUGGCUUCUCUCUGCUAUCAAUUCAGAAGUAAUGCAAAAGCAAAUAAUGACAGAUAAAAAUAACCACGCGGCAAAUUUUACAUCGCAUUUCAUUCGUGUGACGGAUAAAGUGUAUUUCCUCUGACUGGAAGACGUGUUCUGUACAAUGCAGUGCGGUGGCAUUUUGCACAAGCUUGACAUAAACAACACUUGAAAAUGUGUCAUUGUUGACAACAUUUUUACAGGUAUAUCAAUUAAUGCGCUAAAUCACCCAACAGUGCACUUACAUGUGAAUUUUAUUUACACAGUUUUGGUCCGUUUUGUAAUGUUGAAAUGAGAACCGAACCAAGAGGAAAAUGCAACAUUGUGACAAUUUUAGCUCCUGUUUCGGAACAAGCCAAAAGAGCUACAGGUCUGAAAAUGUCCUUAGAUUGUUCUACAGUACAUUGCUAUACACGUUGAGCAAUUGCUGUGCUGAUCAAUUCAUAAUGCAUUCAGGAUGCUAGCAUUUACUGUGCUAGCUAGUUUUAGCUAAUACUUGCUAGGUUCUCUUUAAUUUAAAUGCUGUAUUAAUGUCGAGCUUAUAUGAUAAUUGUAAAUUCAGCUAAAGACUUAAAGUUAAAUGCCAUCAAAAUGUGCUAGUUAACUCACUCCAUUGAAGUUAAGAGCAUUUGACAUGCUGUGUAGCACAAAAUCAAAAACUGAAAGUUCUAAUCACUUAAAAUAUUUGAUGAACUUAUUAACACAAAUUUGUUGAGUUCUAAGUACUUAUUAGGGUUUACAUUGAAGGGUUAAAAAAGUUUUGUUUGUAAAACUGCAUGGGAAAACAUUGGUAGAUACACCUUUUGAGAGAAUUAAUGAUUCACAAAAUCGAUUAACAAAUGUCCAGUGUUGCAAAAGAACUUGAAUCAGACGUGGACCUGGAAAAUCCUUGUUUACAUGUUGACUAAUGUAAUAUCCUUUUUGGGUUAUAAAAGCAAGAUCAGCGCUGCAUGUUAAAAAAGAAGUUAAAGGUUACCUCGGGAACUUCUUACAAAGAACCUGACUCUUGUCACAGAUAUGGAAACAUAUUAUUUUUUCUCAAACUUGCAGCUGUACUCAUCUGCUUUGCCCAUGUGCAAAACAGAGUCUCGCACCCAGGACGUUGCAGACAUGUCUCAACAUCCGAUGAGGUCAGAAUCAUUUGUCUUUAUGUUAACUUCACACGCUUACCUAGUAAGGCUUUUCCGGUUAACACUACGUACCUCAGUGUCCACUUCAGCAAUUUGAGCUCCAUAACGUCCGAUGACCUGAAGACCUUUUCCCAUCUGAGGGACCUUAAUCUGAUUAAAACCCAGCUGCGUAGAUUACCUGCCGACCUGCUGAAGGGCCUCUCUAAUCUUCACGGGUUAGACCUUACAGGUAACAAACUUACAUCUUUGCCAUCACAAGUGUUUUAUUAUUCUCCUCUUGUGGAUCUCACACUCUCAAAUAACCUGCUCUCGGAGGCAGAUGCUGACUGUGUGCCUUUAAAUAGCUCUAUCCAGAGGUUGGAUUUAUCAUCUAACAAAUUCACCCAGUUACCUGUGGCCUUCCUGCAAAGACUCAGCAAUCUUGAGAGCUUAGACUUUAGAAACAACCAGCUGGAAGAGCUGGCCUCUGGAGUGCUGAACUCCCUGUCCAAACUUGAGUCUCUGGACCUGGUGAACAACAAACUGAAGUCGAUAGAUGCAUCAGCCUUUCAUAGUAACCCGAACCUUCGCCAAUUGUUCUUAGGUGGUAACCGUUUGCAGAGUUUGCCUGAUGGACUCUUCCUUAAGCAGCGUGAACUUGUUUUCCUUGACCUCAGCAACAACUACCUGAAAAACCUGUCUUCAGGUAUAUUGGAAGGACGUUUGUCUGCAGUAUUUUCUGGUAAUCCCUGGCACUGCAACCCUGGUUUGGCACAUCUAUGGUAUUGGGUGUGUAAGAAUGAAAAUAGACUUUUUCAUGGUGAUAGGGUCAUUUGUCAAACACCUGAACACCUGAAGGGUAGAAACAUUACUACAAUUUCUGCCACAGAGCUUGGGAUGAAAAAGUAAGUGAAUUACAGACAGACAGAGUCAUAAUUACAUAUUAUAUAACAUUGCCAGAUCUUAUCAUGUGAUUAUUUUUACCAGCAAUAGGGAUGGGAAUCUUUAAUCUUUAGUUCGAUUGCUCUUAACGAUUAUGGUUCCUUAAUUGUUCCGGUAAUGAUUCCUGUACUUCUUUUAGUUUUUUGUAAAAGGUGUGUUUGCUGACUUUUUAGAGACCUAAAUUAUAUCCAAUCCAAUAAUUGAUCCUAACUAGGCUAUAUCUGGACUGUAUCUAAACAAAAAUUGAAAUAUGAUGCAUAUUUCAAUCAUUCAUAUAAAAAAAAAUAAAAGUAGUUCAUAUAUAUAUAUAUAUAUAUAUAUAUAUAUAUAUAUAUAGUUAUAUAUAUAACUGCACAGCUUGAUUAAAGUCGCACAGGUCUAAAGUCACAUGACAUAAAAGUUCCAGAAACAGUUAAGACUGUAUUCUGUUGUCUAAUGUUGUACUUCAAACUCGUAAGACAUCAACGGUUCUUAUUUAAUUUCGAAUUGGACAUUCUUAACUUGCACGUCAGUGUAAAAUCCGGACUAAAACGGAAGCGAUUUAUACCGGAAGAGCGGUCAGUUUCGCGCUGUAGAUUCAACAGAACACCGGCUCAAAAGAAUAAUUUGGAUGUGUUUUACGCUUUUGACCCAGCAGAGGGCAACGGUACUGCAGAAAUAUUCUACUGGAAACACUCCAAAUUACAACUCCUUUUACACUAUAAAUCUUGACAACAGCAGUUUCCUUGGCGAUCAUGAUUUCAAACUCGAUUACACUUGUGUACCGUGAAAAAUGAUCAAAUUCCACAAAAUAUAUAAAAAUGCAUGAAAAAAAAAAUUAGAAUUUCAGGUUUCCAAACUCCUCUCCUUUUGGAGAAAUUUGCCAUUUUGAAACCAUAAUCGGUCCCUUUUGUGAUUGUUCAGAGCAAUGAUUAAUGUGCAGAAGUGACUGAUAUUUAUACGCUUUAAGGGUCUUUCACAUGACUCGUGUUAGUGCUGCCGAAUACAUUGAAGUCUAUGAAGUGACUUUACACCAGUGUUUUUCCACACACACGUUUUUGCUUCACCAAUAAUGUCUUUGAGAGUACUAUGCAACAAAAAAUAUUUAAAAACUGUCCAUAUUUGUGAAGAGACAUUGAAUGUCUCAUAAUUUCUUUGCAUUAAAUAUGACCUUAUCGUUUACGAAUAUCAGAGACCCCAGUUAUUGAACUAAUUUAAAUUCACCAAGAAAAUGCUUAGACCUAAACAGAAACGAGUCAUUUUAUUACUUUCUGCUAUCAAAGCAACUGCAAGCUUUUUUCUCUCAUCCAAAUACAAGUUUUCAAUGUUUAUUGUGCACACCUCCCGCUUUUUACUUGGCAAAUUCGUAAAAUCACCCCUUUGUUACGCUUUCUGCAACUCCUGUCAUGUGGAGGGCAAUGCGGCCAUGAGAAGUCGUCUAUCCGAGGCAAAGACGCAAAAUCUAAGGACAAUUGCCUCAGUAUCAGUCUCCCUUGAUGUGUUUGAUUACGCACAGGCGAUCACACAGUUUAAGUUGAUGCGGACAAGGAGGAAGGUUUGAGUUGUCGAUUGAGUUCUUUUCAGUUAAUUUUUUAUGUGUUUUGUUAAUAUUUUAAUCAUAUUUGUUAUUUGUAAUAUUGCAUGGUUCAUAUGUCAUGUUUUAGUGGCCUCCGCUGCGGGGAUAAACAUUAAUCUGCUUCGUGUGGUGUCUCUGUUUUUCAUCUGUUCUCUUCAUAAAUUAAUAAAUGCAUAAUCUGCUGUAUGCUCGUCCUGUAAGUUCAUGAUUAAAAAUAAAAAUGUGAACGAAAAUAAAAGCUAUUAUAUUUCUUAUUAUCAUUAAAAUAUGACAAUUAAAACGACAACCCUGUCCGUCAAAAUGACGGACGAUGAGAAAGUCUAAAGCAAGCACUGUAUGUGACUUAAGUAAACAUGCUACUAGGAUGGACAGAAAUCAUGGACAAGUUCUUGAAAAGGAAAAAUAUUGACGAUGCUUAGGCUAUGUGGGAUAGUGGUGUGCCGAAGAAUGUUUUAGUUGUAAAAAGUGUGCUGUGGCAGAAAAAAUUUAGGGAAACACUGAUCUAGGGCUCUGGAUCAAGCACUAGGAAGUGUAAUCAAGCUUGAAAUCUUGAUAGUGCCCAGAGACUGCAAUGGCAAGAUGUACAGUGAAAAAUGAGUUACAUUUUAGUCCCCAUGAGUUUUGUGGAUUUUAGUCAUUGUCUAUUAGUUUGAAGCCAUCUAUAUGCUACUGUACUCCUAAAAUCUGACAAAAAGAUCUUUUAGCAAUGUAUACCAAUUUAAAAUUUACCAUACUGUUCCAUCUUGCACUUCACAGAUUUUGUCUAGUGUCCAACAUUAUGUCCCUCCCCCUCAUUUUCAAUAGGAAAUACGUCAACAUAGAGAAGAAAAAAAAUUUUGCUCGUCAGGAGAUUCAUUGGUGUUUUAAGUGUUAUUAUUAUAUUAAGCUAUUUUUAAUAGGUUAAUAAAUCAAAGGUUAUUGGUCUCGUUUAGUGCUUUUUGCUUUUAUAAUAUCCCACCUAAACAUAACUUAAAGCAUGGGAUUAAUUGCUUUAGUUUAUCUUUUUUGGAUGCAUUUCUAAUCGGUCAAGGACCCUAAUACAUUUUAUGACCAGUAGCUUAUGAUUCCAUUAUAAUGUUGAAAUUCAGACAAGUAAAGAGUUUACAUUUAUAUUAUUUUAUGAAAUCACCUACAGUAUAAAGAGCUACAAUGCACAUAUGGGUGGUGCUGACCUGCACGACCAAUGUGUAAACCGUUACCGGAUUGGCAUCUGAUCAAUGAAGUGGUGUUGGCCAUGCUACAGCUGGGCACUCAACAGUGCUAUGGUCAAUGCCUGGUGUUAUUACAGGUACAUGGAGGUGUAAUGGGAAGUGGGAGGUGAGGCUGCGGGAGUGGCAGGUUGGAAGGAUGGGGUCUAAAUGUUAGGUGGCAUGACACAAAAACAAAACAUGUAUAUAUUAAUUUAUUUCAUUCAUUCAAAACCCACCCAUUGAAAAUUAAUUCAUUCAUUCAUUCAUACCGGUCAUGUAAAGAGGGAGACAGAGAUCUCCUCUCCUUCCAAAGGCUGGUUGCCCAGAGUCUUCUCCAGCGUCAUGGGAUGAGGGCAAAAGGGCAUGGAAGAAGGUCAGUGUUGGGCUCUGCAAUAUGUGAGGCUGCCAGGUUUGACAACUUGAACCACUGGCCCCACAACACAGGAAGAAAGUACAUGAGGUGUUGAAAACGUGAUGAACGCACUCCCUUUGCAUGUGAGAAAUUUGGUGUUGCUUUGCAUGUUGAGUGCUUCAAGGUCUUUCACGUGAACCACUAAAACUCUACCCAAGAGGGAGAGGAACGGAGGGAGAAAGGAACAGCAGGGAGGACACGUAUGACAUAACUUCACAUUCCGAAUGUCUUUUGAAAUAAAUUGCCUGUAUGCACUGAUGUUAUUUUUCCUUCAUUCUAUUUAUUUUCAUUUAACUUUUUGAUAGGGAAUGCCCUGUUGGAGCAACUUAAUGUCUGCACUUUGUUCCGCACUAUGUUCCACCACUUUAAGUAAAUGGGUUUGUUGAUGACUGUUUAAAUCCCUAUUUAUUCAAGAUAAUUUGGACAUUUUAAUAAUUUAUUUUCAAAAUAAAGAGAUUAUAAACUAGAGGCAGCUUUUUUGGGUUUGCAGUGAAUGUUUUUACACUUAAUAAAUUUGUUUACGAAUAAAGAUUGAUCUGUUGAAAGCAGUUAUUUUGAGUAAGAUGCCAAAUGUUCUCCUAUUCAAAUUUGACAUUGAAGACAUGCAUACAACAUAUAUGCCCACCAGAACAUGUUCAUAAAGGACACUAUUAACAUGACUAUAUGCAUGAAACCAUUCAGAAAAAUUUGGGCACAAAUGGGUUAAAGGCAGUCGUUGUUUAGUUUAGUUUUUUUGAACAGCAGAGAGAACUAAACUUAAUAAAAUAAAUUUACAAGUGCACGUGUAUUGUAAAUUAUGCGGAUGCAGAAUUUAAGUUUAAAAAGACUAUUUUAAAGAAUAUUUUUCCAUUUUCUCUUCUUCUCUCAAUCUGUUUGUAUC